AUGUCGCCGACAUCCGACCCCUCCUCCUCCAACACAAGCAUAGGUCGGGCAGCAUUCUUUGACAUCCAGCACAAUGUCCGCAACUACUGGUACCCGUUAAUCCCGUCCUCCGAGGUGUCAUCCUCCCAACCCGCCAAACACCACAUCUGGGGUGAUCCAGUAGUCAUCUACCGCGACCCCAGCACACAUGAAGUCAUAGCCUUCGAGGACCGGUGCCCGCAUCGCGCCGCGCCGCUGUCGUCCGGGCGAAUCAUGAACGGCAAUCUCGAGUGCAGAUACCAUGGCUGGCAGUACGAUUCCGCCGGGGAGUGUGUCGUCGUGCCGUCCACGGCGGCGAACGCCAAACUGCCUAAUGUGGAGAUUCGGAAGUAUCCGAUAAGGGAGGCGAACGAGUGGGUGUGGAUUUGGCCGGGGGAGGCGGAGAAGGUUGAUGAUGGCGGGCAGCCUGGGGUGCGGCUUAUGGGAGGGAGGGAGGAUGAGUUUUCGGCGUGGAGCGGAUAUGUGGAUUUGGAUAUUGACCACUCCCUACUAGUUGAGAAUUUCCUGGACCCAGCGCAUCUCCCCUUCACCCACGACACGACAAUCUCGAAACGCUCCAACGCCACACAAAUGACUAUCACCGAAGUCCGCUUCACCACCGAUUCCGUCCGAUGCCGGCCAGUCACCGCCGACCGCCCCGAUCUGACAAUAGUCGACUUUGAGUUCCGAGUGCCGUGCGGGAUCAUGCUCGGGUUCACCCGCGUGCCAAAGAAAGUCUCAACAGCAGGAGUACCAACAAAACCUCGUCGCCCCUUCGACCAAACAUUCUACGCCGUCCCCACCCGCAAAGGCCACUGCCGCUUCAUCUACUUCCAACGCAUGCCAUUCAUUCCCGACCCGUCCUCAUCUCUCCUCUUCCGCUUCCUCCCGCCAUUGAAAUGGUUCUUCGCGUGGUGGUUGCACCGCUUCAACAAACGCGUCCUGCAGGAAGACUAUGACAUGCUAAGGGGGUUACAGCAGAAUCUGGCGUAUGGAGCCAGAGCGGUGGAUACGCGCGUUGCGGCGCCGGCGGAUACGAUUAUUAUCGUGUACAGGGAGUGGUGGAGGAAGACGGUUGGCGUGGGGAAGGGCGUUUGGUUUGGCGGGUAUGGAACAGGGGAUAUUGAGGAUAUUGUAUUGGAGACAGCGGCAAUUUGUGGGCUUGCUCAUAGGAAACGGGAGUAG